UGCUAACAUUUAGAUCGUAAAUAAGUACACUUUAAUUAAAUAAAGUCAGACAUAAAUAAUUUUUUUUAUGAAUCAGAUUAAAAAUGAAUAAUAUAAAAUACAUGGAUAAGCCCGAAACAACUAUCGAAGUGAUACAAUUGCCUGGCGCAAACGAAAACAUUUCCGAGAAGUCACAAUUGCAAAACCCAGCGUUGGAGGAUAACGUGAACGAUAAAGCUAAUGAGGCUGAUGGGACCGAUGGGGUCGAUGGAACCCAUGUUGUCGACUCAGAUAUCGUUACUGAGGCUCACGAGCAUACUACAAGCCUCAAUAAAGCAGAGUUAGUUCGAGUCGACAGUUUCAAUUAUGCAGGAAAUAAGAAUUUGGCGGAAGGUUUAAUGGACAUUGCACUUUUGUCGGCUAAUGCUAAUCAGCUGCGGUUUCUGCUUACGUAUAACGAUAAAGCACGGAGCUAUUACAUGAGUCUGGGUCUAGUGGGGCUGUCUUUGGUGCUGCAAGUGGUCGUCGGUAUUGCGCUAAUUUUCAAGCGUCACUUGAAGAGAAAUGAUCGGCGAUAUGUUUAUACAAAAGAAUUCCUGGUCUGUGGUGUAUUCGUUAUUACCGUAGUGAAUGUUCUGCUAGCCGCAUUCACCACAACUGAAAACGCGGAAAAGGCAUAGACAACAGAGCAUGCAACCGAAAUACUACACAAAUGAUUCAACUGAAUAUCGUAAAUUGAGCUUGUCUACUAAAACAAUA